UACCGGUUAUACCGCUUCAGCUUAUUGGCUGCCAUAAAUAGAAACACUAAGACUCCAGCAUAGAUAGAACUUUUGGUUCUACUCUGCUGUCUGCAUAAGAAAGAGAGAGAAAGGCCUCCAUAGCUGCUUCUUGUUAUUUUCUUCUCUUCCUUCUCCAGUCCGAACCAUGAGCAACGAAGACUUAGCCCAUGAUUUCUCUCCAAUGAUUAAAGUAUACAAAGAUGGUCGAGUUGAGAGACUCAAAGGAACAGACAGAGUUCCUCCAUCAACACAGCCAGAAAAUGGCGUCCAAUCAAAGGACGUCGUGAUAUCACAAGAACCAGCCAUAUCUGCAAGAAUUUACAUCCCCAAAACCACCACAGACUCACCCCAAACCAAACUCCCUCUUCUCAUUUACUUUCAUGGAGGCGGCUUCUGCAUUGAAAGUCCAUUUUCUCCAGCAUAUCACAGCUACGUCAACACCUUAGUCUCUGAGGCCAAUGUUGUUGCAGUCUCUGUUGACUAUAGGCUUGCUCCAGAGCACCCUCUGCCGGCUGCUUACGAUGAUUCAUGGGUUGCUAUCAAAUGGGUUGCUUCCCAUUUUGAUGGAAACGGCUCUGAAGAAUGGCUAAAUAGAUUUGCAGAUUUACAACGUGUGUUUUUCGCUGGGGACAGCGCUGGUGCUAACAUAACACACAGCAUGGCUGUGAAAUUGGGGUGUGAGAGAUUGGUUGGUGUUAAGCUGGUUGGGAUUGUUUUGGUGCAUCCUUACUUUUGGGGCACAGAGCCAGUUGGGGCAGAGUUAACUACCCCUGCAGCUACAAAAGAGCGUAUGGCUGGUGUGUGGCGUUUUGCUUGCCCCUCGACUAGUGGAUCCGACGACCCUCUUAUAAACCCGGCAAAGGAUCCGAAAUUGGGGAAAUUGGGAUGUGAGAAAGUGCUGGUUUGUGUUGCUGAGAAAGAUGGGUUGAAAGAUAGAGGAUGGUAUUAUAGUGAGAUACUGAAAAAGAGUGGGUGGAAUGGUGUUGUGGAGGUCAUAGAAGCAAAGGGGGAGGGCCAUGUGUUCCAUUUGUUCAAUCCAAUUUGUGACAACGCUGUGGCCUUGCAGAAAAAGAUUGUUUCUUUCUUGAACUAGAAUAAUUUUUCUGAAACUUUGGUAUACUUAGUAAGUUUUGGUUUCUUUUCUUCAUCUGUUUCAUGAUUUCAUCCUCUUUUUUUUGUGAGAAACAAGUUUGAUUCAGUAAGAACUCAUCCCUUCAUCU